GGGGCGGUAUAGACAUUUGUGUGUAGGGCAUGUGCGCCCCUCCUCUAGCUGGUGACGGAUAAUAGUAGUGGGUGUGAGGUGGAUUUGAACUUGAAGCCGGGGCAGAUUGGAGGAGACUCCUAGCUGAUGUCCGAGUAGACUGCGCUCUGAGGAGAGAAAGAGAGCUCUAUACAGCGGGAACUAGAACGUAUAUUAGUCUGGUUCUAGAACUAGAAUCCGGAAUCUUUGGAAACUUGAUCGAAAACUUAGUUGGUGGAUAUCUGGACCCAAGGUUCUAUAGAAAUGUUACAUCUCAGACACCUGCUCUGGCUGAUGUUUCUCUGUUCUGCUUUAGCUAAAAAAGAUCCAUCAUGGAGGAUGACGGUAGAGAAGGCUGCCCCCGUUAGUGGUUCUCUGGCUGGCAGGGUGGUGCUACCAUGCCACUUCUCCAUCACCCCCACCACACACACCCCCACACUCACCCCUAGCACCCAGGGCCCAGAGGACCAGCUGAGGAUCAAGUGGAGCAAGGUGGAAGGAGAUGGGGAGCGUGUGGUGCUGGUAGCCCAUGGAGGAGUGAUCAAGGUGGGGCAGGAGUACAAGGGAAGGGUGUCUGUGCCCAGCCACCCCCAGGCAGUAGGGGAUGCCUCGCUGAUCGUUGUCCACCUGAGGGCUAGCGACGCUGGGCUCUAUCGCUGCGAAGUCAUGCAUGGGAUGGAGGACACCCAGGAUACUGUUCAUCUCAAUGUCAGUGGUGUGGUGUUUCACUACAGGUCUAGCUCUAGUCGUUACACCUUGUCCUUCCCUGGGGCCAUUGAAGCGUGUCUCGCUGCCGGGGCCACCAUCGCUACAGCCGAACAGCUGACCGCCGCCUUCGAGGACGGACUGGACCAGUGUGACGCCGGCUGGAUAGCUGACCAGACUGUCAGAUACCCAAUCACGAAGCCCCGUCCUGGUUGCAUGGGCGAUAUGAAGCACAGACCUGGGAUCAGGACGUAUGGGCUCAGAGACCCUAAAGAGACCUAUGACGUCUACUGCUAUGUAGAUAAACUACACGGCGAGGUGUUCUACACUCCUGUCAGCUACAAGCUGACCCUUCGCCAGGCCAAGCAUGAGUGUGAGAGGCAGGGGGCGGUGCUCGCCUCCCCUGGUAACCUGUUCGCUGCGUGGCGUGGAGGACUGGAUCGCUGUGAUUACGGCUGGCUGUCAGAUGGCAGCGCCCGCUACCCCAUCUCCGUCCCCAGGCCCCAGUGUGGAGGAGGGCUGCUGGGGGUCCGGACCCUGUACCGAUUCCCAGACCAGUCAGGCUUCCCCAACCCUAUUGACAGACAUGGAGCUUUCUGUUUCAAGGGGAAGGAACCAGAGAUCACCUCUCCUGGACCUGUGACGACCACAGACGCUCGCAGGACAGACACAGCUCCAGACAAACCUGAUGCCAUCUACCACACAGGCAGAACUGACCACACAGUUACAGACCCGAUUCACUCAGCCAGAACUGACCACACAGUUACAGACCCAACUCACACAGCCAGAACUGACCACACAGUUACAGACAGAACUCACACAGCCAGAACUGACCACACAGUUACAGACCCAACUCACACAGCCAGAACUGACCACACAGUUACAGACAGAACUCACACAGCCAGAACUGACCACACAGUUACAGACAGAACUCACACAGCCAGAACUGACCACACAGUUACAGACAGAACUCAUACAGCCAGAACUGACCACACAGUUACAGACCCAACUCACACAGCCAGAACUGACCACACAGUUACAGACAGAACUCACACAGCCAGAACUGACCACACAGUUACAGACAGAACUCACACAGCCAGAACUGACCACACAGUUACAGACAGAACUCACACAGCCAGAACUGACCACACAGUUACAGACAGAACUCACACAGUUACAGAGAAACCUCACCCCACAGACAGACCACACCAGACUACUGCAGAGCAAGACAGAAGUCAGCAUGCAGGUGGACUACAUGAGACAGCUUAUACAGGCACAGACAGACAUCACACAGCUACUGAUAGAACACACACCACCAAACACAAACAUCACACCACUGACUAUACGACAAUAGACAAAGACAGAACUACAGGCAGAAAAACAGACUUCACUGUUGGUACCACUCUGUUCCCUGAGUAUGACGUGGAUGACUUUGGCCCAGACCUAACCAAGGUAGAGUCAGUUCCAAGCAGGGGUGAUACCCUGUUCCCUAUGCAGCUGCCCCCUCUCCCCACCACCCGCUCCCAGCCCAUCCACCCCCACCUCGACAUCAACCAGGGGGGAGACCAGGUGGGACAGGGAGAGACUCAGAUAGGCUCAGGCAGAGGGGAGAGCAGUGGUAGUGGGGAGGGGAGCAGUAGUGAUGGGGGAAGUGAGGGGGAGGACAGGGUAGUAGUGAUUCCUACACAGGGCUUCAUGGCCGGGACAGGGAUGGGAUCAGACCCUUCACGCCCAGGACAACCAGGUUACCCAGGACGUCCAGGGUCAGUCACCCCAGAGCAGGGCCAACCAGGCUGGGACAGAGUGACAGGACAGAAGCCUGCUGUGGUCUACAAGGAGGAGGAGGGCCAGAGCUCUAGAAAAACAACCCAUAGCAUAGCAGGAGCCAUGGAAUCAUACAGCGUGGACCAAUCGGUGGCGAUCCCUCAUGAGGCAUCUCCCACCAAACCACCCUUCCACCUCAUCAUUGUCAACGUGCAUGACAAGAACCAAACAGUCGACCACAUCCUGCAGAUCCUUGGCCAGCCUCUAGGGGGUAAUGGAGAUUUCCAGUCCCCUCUCAUCCCAGCCUUCCCAUUCAUCCAGACUGAGGCCAUCCAGGGCAGCGAGGACAGUAUCCAUCCCAUCACUCUCCCCCCAACACUCAGCUUCAUCAACGGGAAACACCAGGUGACUCUGGAGCCAGAGCUGCCGGAGAAGGAGCAGGAGGCGAGAGGAGACCAGUUUGAGACGGCCACACCAGUCCACAUUGAACUGGGGGAAGAGAUGGAUCAUGACGAGGAGGAGAAGAGCCUCACUCCCUUUGACUAUGGAGCUAUUCAUACUGGAGAGACCAGAGAGUCCACUACUACAGACAGAGACACAGACAUAGACACAGACAGAGACACAACUACAGACAGAGACACAACUACAGACAGAGACACAACUACAGACAGAGACACAACUACAGACACAGACAGAGACACAGACAGACACACAACUGCAGACAGCGAUACAGACAGAGACACAGACAGAGUCACAGAUAGACACACAACUUCAGUCACAGACCGAUAUACAGACAGAGAGAGGACACAGACAGGAGGAAAGACAGAAAGCUCUAAAGAAACAACCCCUUCUUCCCUACACACAUCCCCAGUCUCUUCCCUAGUCUCUCCCCCAGUCUCUACCCCAGUCUCUUCCCCAGGCUCUUCCCCAGUCUCUUCUCCAGUCUCUUCCCCAGGCUCUUCCCCAGUCUCUACCCCAGUCUCUUCCCCAGCUCUUCCCCAGCUCUUCCCCAGUCUCUACCCCAGUCUCUUCCCCAGUCUCUUCCCCAGUCUCUUCCCCAGUCUCUACCCCAGUCUCUACCCCAUCUCUUCCCCAGUCUCUUCCCCAGUCUCUUCCCCAGUCUCUUCCGCAGUCUCUUUCCCAGUCUCUUCUCCAGGCUCUUUCCCAGUCUCUUUCCCAGUCUCUUUCUCAGUCUCUUUCCCAGUCUCUUCCCCAGUCUCAGCCUCAUACCCUGGUUCCCCCGAUACUUCCCCAGAUGGCAUCUUCCCCUAUGAGGACAUGGAGUGGUCAAGCGGCCAUACCCAGGAGGGCUCAGCAGAUGAUACCCGGCCCACCCCAGCCUCAGAUAGCCAACCAGGUGUGGUCACGGACGAGACAGAGAUUGGAGGGGCGGAGAGCGUCGCACACACUCCAUCUCACACACACCACACUUACACCAAAGACACACAAACUCCCUCACAGACCGAGGUAGAAGACUUUGAGGGGUGUACGUCGGCAGAAGAGGAAGGCUCGGCCCAGGAGGUGUACCCACAUGAAGACCCCAGAUUCACCAGCCCUGGCAGCCCUGGAGCCAUUGAGGCUCCCCUGGUGGGGCCUGGGGUGGAGGGACAGGUGACUGUUACACCCGAACCGGGAGCCAGACCAGGAGCCAGACCAGCCCAGGCAGGAGAGACUGUAGGAGACCGCACUGCAAAUCACAUAGACUCUUCUACACAGCACACAGACUACCCCCUCCAGCCUACCACACAGGAUAAAGAUCUCUCCACACACACUAAGGAUCAGACCAGAUACCCCACGACACAAACCACCCAGCAUCCAACACAUGAUAGAGAUCACUCCACACACACUAAGGAUCAUACCAGAUACCCCACUACACAAACCACCCAGCAUCCAACACAUGAUAGAGAUCACUCCACACACACUAAGGAUCAGACCAGAUACCCCACUACACAAACCACCCAGCAUCCAACACAUGAUAGAGAUCACUCCACACACACUAAGGAUCAGACCAGAUACCCCACUACACAAACCACCCAGCACGAUAGAGAUCACCUCACACACACUAAAGAGCAAACCAAACAACCCUCUCACCCUAGAUUCCCCACCACCCACCACCAGGGGCAAACCAGCCUCUCUACCACAGAUCAGAAGACCACACUGCACCUGAACCUGACACACACACCCCCUGCACACCCCUCCACUCCACCUCCCACCCGCCCCUCCAAUCCACCUUCUGCACAUCCCUCCACUCCACCUCUCACCCGCCUUUCCACUCCACCUUCUGCACAUCCCUCCACUCCACCUCUCACCCACUCCUCCACUCUACCUCUCACCCACUCCUCCACUCCACCUUCUGCAUAUCCCUCCACUCCACCUCUCACCCACUCCUCCACUCUACCUCCCACCCGCCCCUCCAAUCCACCUUCUGCACAUCCCUCCACUCCACCUCUCACCCGCCUUUCCACUCCACCUUCUGCACAUCCCUCCACUCCACCUCUCACCCACUCCUCCACUCCACCUUCUGCACAUCCCUCCACUCCAGCUCCCACCCACUCCUCCACUCCACCUCCUGCCCACCCCUCCACUCCACCUCCUGCCCGCCCCUCCCGCCCCAUCCCUGACUGGGCCCUGACCACCCAGACCCUCCUGCCUGAUGGGGAGGAGUUUGUGGAUUAUGACCAUGUGAAUGGUUCUCUGCUGGAGGCCAGUCCCCCUGUUCCUGAGCAACCCCAGUCCACCUAUCAGCCUGAAACAGGAACUGACUACUACAUCGAGGCCCAGUCCGUCGAUGUCAGACCUCGGCAGCAGUGCACGGUAAAUGUGUGUCUGAACAAAGCAUCUUGCUACCAGAGAGGCAACGCCAGCAUCUGUGUAUGUGCACCUGGAUACACCGGACAGCGUUGCCAAACAGAUGUUGAUGAGUGCCAAUCCAACCCGUGUGCUAAUGGAGCCACCUGUAUGGACGGAGUCAACUCCUUCAGCUGUGUGUGUCUGCCCAGCUACGCAGGACAGCUCUGUGAACAAGACACGGAGGUGUGUGAGUAUGGCUGGCAGAAGUUCCAGAGCCAUUGUUAUAAGUACAUCACCCACCGUCGGACCUGGGACGCUGCCGAGAGGGAGUGUCGUGUCCAAGGAGCCCACCUAGCCAGUGUCCUGUCACAGGAGGAGCAGCUGUAUGUCAACCGUCUGGGCCAUGACUACCAGUGGAUCGGUCUGAACGACAAGAUGUUUGAGAGAGACUUCCGCUGGACAGAUGGCAGCAUCAUGCAAUAUGAGCACUGGCGUCCCAACCAGCCAGACAGUUUCUUCCAAUCUGGAGAGGACUGUGUGGUGAUGAUCUGGCAUGAGGGAGGACAGUGGAACGAUGUACCCUGCAACUACCACCUCACCUUCACCUGCAAGAAGGGCACAGUCUCUUGCAGCCAGCCCCCAUUGGUAAAGGAUGCCUGUGUGUUCGGUUCUAUGAAGCCUCGUUAUGAGAUCAACACUCUGGUUCGUUACCACUGUAAAAACGGUUUCAUACAGAGACAUGUCCCUACCAUCCGCUGCCGUGACAAUGGCCAAUGGGACAGCCCCAAGAUCACCUGUAUGAGCCCCGCUACCUACCAGAAGGCUUUCGUUUCUCGGCAACGUACCGAUAAUCACAAUCAUAACCAGAAUCAGUACAAUCACAACCAACAAUACAACAAUUAAAACAACCAAGACCAACAGAAGAAUUACAACUAGCAACGUCAGGGCAGCCGUAACCAGCAGCAACAGAGCCAGAGAGAGACGAGACAUCAACACUAAUCUGAUUUCUGGUCAGUCCUUAAAAGCGCAGAUAAGUUUGCAAAAUUCCAGGUAACUUUCCCAAAAUUCCAAAGUUUUCCAGAAAUCAUGGUUGGAGGAAUCUGAAUUUCCUGUUAUUCCCUCCUGAUUCCAGGACUCUUCCAAUGGGGAUUUCUGGAAUUUUGAGUAAUGUACUAAUCCCAGACAGAGUCAGAUCAGAUCCAAGGGGUUAGCUAGGGCCAGACGCAUUGACAUACUUUCAGAACUAUUUAUAAAUAUGUAUAGCUAGGGCCCUGGAUAGGGCCAUGGGGUAUUUCACAAGGCAUAAUCACAAUCAGCAAGCUAACUCUGAUAAACUCUCAUUAAACACAGGUUUAAUAAACAUUGUAACACAGAGUAUUGAGUCCAUUUCAAAUUCAACUAGGACAAAUGAAGUUUCAGAAUAUUUUUGAAGUUAGUUGGCUAACUUGAUCUUGAUCUUGCUUAGUGAAAUCCACCCCAGAUCACGUCUGAUUCUUCCGACAACAACACACACUGCCUUAAUGGUUAACACAGCAACAGUGUCCGUCUCUAGAACAGGAGAGCUUUUCUGUUCCUGCUCUAGAGGGACACAUCUCAAUCCAAUGCUUUCUGAAAAUGUCCACUUUAUGCUGUUUCUUUUUCCUGAGAAAUAAUCCACUGAAAAGACAUAUAAAAUAUAUAUUUGGCUCACUACUAGAAUGUCUGCCUGUGCCCUGGUGACAAGUUUGCAAUUAUUCCAGUGAAAGAGACCCUAGUUUAUUAUUUGGAAUAAUGAGCAUUCACAUAAUCACAUCAGCAAGUUAUGAAGGUUUAUAUGAAUCAUUCCAUAUUUUCUGCUCACAGAAUGGAAGAUAGAAGUUGAUUGUUCUCAUAUACAACCCCCUUCAGAACAGCUUCAGCUUGUUGUGGCAUGGACUCUACAAGGUGUUGAAAGUGUUCCACAUGGAUGCUGGCCCAUGUUGACUCCAAUGCUUCCCACAGUUGUGUCAAGUUGGCUGGAUGUCCUUUGGGUGGAGGACAAUUACUGAUAAAUACAGAAAACUGUUGAGUGUUAAAACCCCAGCAGCGUUUCAGUUCUUGACACAAACCAGUGUGCCUGGCACCUACUACCAUACCCUGUUCAAAGGCACUUAAAUCUUUUGUCUUGCCCAUUC